GAGAAUAGCAGACAUAAAAGUGUUGUUAAAAUUUUAAUGUAAGCAAUUGUGAUAAUGACAACUGGAGUUACAUCAUUACUGUCAGUGACGCAAACGGAGGCACAGAAGCAACUCGCCUUCCAGGAACAUGCACGUCAAGUCAACUGCUGUGAUUGUGGGCUGGUUCCUGGUGACUAUUGUUCAAAGAUGUAUUAACGGAAGAACGUAUUAUUACAGGAUGGAAAGUCUGGACAACAGAGAAGUCACAGAAGUACCAUCCAAAACCUACACAAGCAUAUCUGAUGUUGGCCAGUGUGCACGUCUUUGUCGCCAACAAGACUGCGUGUAUCUCAGACAUGAUGGCGACGUCUGCAGUUUGUAUGACGUUCUCAUCCACGUCGGUUUAUCACCAGCCCCUGGCGCAAUCUACUAUCGCACUUGUCCAACUAGAUUGGGCUUCGUCUUUGCUGAGUCGACGAAUCUUUCCUUCAAAGUCAGGACUGAAACUAAAACUUGGGAGGACAGCCACAAUACAUGUUACGGUGAUGGUGGUCGUCUCGUGGUCCUGGACACCGACGACAAGCACAACUACGUCAAAAACUACAUCAUGGAAGAUACUGGGACUUCGACGGUGUGGGUCGGCAUGAACAAGUCAACCACCAGUGGCCCCUUCAGAUGGUUAACGGGAUCAACACACACCACUAAGUGGGACGUUGGUGAACCUGAUUACGUAUCCCAUCAGAACUGCGUGUAUCUGUAUCGCAAAGAUCUUGUUGAUACGGAAUGCUACCACCCGAGACGCUCUAUCUGCGAGAUCGUUCUUCAAUGAAGUA